UGCCUUGCCUUGCCUUGCAACAUCAUCCACAACAGCAGCAACCAACACCCAACAGCAGAAGAAGAAUCAUCAUCAACGAUCCCAUGGAGUGUGAAGCAUGCCCCUUGCAGUAGUCGCGCGGGAAGCCCGGCCCUGCAUGCAUGCAUGCAUCACCAACCCUCACCCUCACAGGAAUGCACCACUGCACACAAACACGCCUUUCCGCUUUCCCUCUUCCCUUCCUCCCCCAGCCCUUGCCUUGCCUUUCAACAAUGCAGUAAUCCUCCGGCCCGUGUAAUAACCUUAUAUAGAACAUGGUUAAAACAUAACACCCUAGGUCCCUCCCCCCUCUCUGACAUCUUUGAUAUGCAGGGACAGGCGGCGGCAAGUCACGUCCACGGUCUAAAGACACAGAGAAACAAAAUAGAAGAGAGACAGAGAAGCGUAAAACAACGUACCUACACGUAA